AAUAAACAAAGCCUAAAGAUGAUCAUUUUGAUGAUGAUUAUGCACAAUAUUGCUUUUUCUGAUUGUAGGUUUCAGCAUCCAAAAAAGCAUAUUGGAAUAGUUCGGAAACCAAUUUCAAUUUUAUAAUUGAUAGAAGAACCCUUAUUAGGAUAAGAGAUGAUUAGCCAAUUUCAGAAGGAGAGAUUAGAGUUUGACUCCAAUUUGGUGUUGUAGCAAGAAUUAAUUGAGGAGGAUGUCUCUGAAUUUCCAAAAUAAAAUUAUACGAUUCCAAAGUUUGAAUAGUUGAGCGAGGAGAAGUAGAGUGCAUAUAAGUAAGAGUUCCAGAAAGUGAAAUAAUUAUUGAUUAAGCUACACUAUAAAUAAGUGUUAUUAUGCUUAUUUGUAGUAUCGGUUUUUUCAUCUUUUAUUUGGUGCAUUAUAAAAUUAUGUAUUUUAUUCAGACCUUACAAAUAAUCAGACAAUGAAGAAGUAUUUGCUUAAUGUUUAUUUAAAGUUAGGAAUAAAAAUUAUUAGUAGCUGAUUAUUCUAUAUUAAAUUCUAAGACCAUAAGUGAAGAUGAAGAAUUGAAUCAAAGUACUUAAAAUAAGUAUAAAAUAACUGACAUGACACCAUAAAUAAGAAAUCCAUAUGACGAAAGUUUUGUUAAAGCUUCGAUCAAAGCAACCACUAGAGGAUCAGCAUGCGAUUAAAGUUUAUUGGAAAUAGAUGAGUUGUUAUAAGAAAUGCUGAAAUGA